CGCGAUGCUUGAGCGGAAACGCUUCCUUUCUCGCCUUUUCUUUUGCGGGCAAAGGCACCUUGUGACCUGAAUGCUGUCGCGUCUGCUGCUGCCAGUGGGCUUUUGACAGUCUCACUGCUUCGUACGGACAGCUCUGAUACGAUCGUGGCGCGGUUCCCUUCCUCAACCAGGCCUCCACCGCACCUCUGCCGCCCUUGACGCGGCUCGUCUCGCAAUGGCCGCUCAAGACGUGCCCAAGACCUGCAAGGUCAUCACCGCCGACACCAUCGCCAAGGGCCUGCUGGCCGAGGUGAAGGAGACGCUGGCCAAGGUCCAGGGCCCGGAUGGCGGCGUCCAGCCCACGCUCGCCGCCUUCCUGGCCAACGGCGACCCGGCUGCCGUCAAAUACGCCGAGUGGUCCAAGAAGACGUGCGAGGACAAUGGCUUCAACUUUGACCUUCGGACCGUCGACAAGGAGAUUCUCGAGGAGGAAAUUAUGAAGGCCAACGACGAGGAAGCGGUCGACGGCGUCAUCGUCUACUACCCCAUCUUCCCCCAGAACCCGACGCACGACAAGUACGUCCAGGAGACGGUCGACCUCUCCAAGGACGUCGAAGGCAUGCGACACAAGCACCUGCACAACAUGUACCACAACGUGCGCUUCCUCGACCCGCCUGACAACAAGAAGAAGUCGAUCCUGCCGUGCACGCCGCUCGCCGUCGUCAAGAUCCUCGAGUACCUGCAGAUCUAUAACCCCAUCCUGGCCGCUGGCAACCGCCUUUUUGGCAAGACCAUCACCGUCAUCAACCGCUCCGAGGUCAAUGGUCGGCCCCUGGCCGCCCUGCUGGCCAACGACGGCGCCACCGUCUACUCGGUUGACAUCACCGGCGUCCAGGUCUUCACCCGCGGCCAGGGCAUCAAGGCCCCGCGCCACCAGGUUGAGGACAAGGAGGGCUGGGGCCUCAAGGACUGCCUGCCUCUCAGCGACGUCGUCAUCGGCGGCGUUCCCGUCGAGUCGUUCAAGGUGCCCACCGAGCUCAUCCGCGACGGCGCCGUGUGCAUCAACUUUUCCUCGUACAAGAACUUUGACGGGCCGGCCAUCAAGGAAAAGGCCGCCAUCUACGUCCCGUCGGUCGGCAAGGUCACCAUUGCCGUCCUGCUGCGGAACCUUGUGCGUCUCGUGGCCAACCGCCCGUCCAAGGCCGGCACGGAUAAGGGCGUCAUACAGGCUAAGAGCGAAGCGUUCGCCGACGACUGAGCCGCUCCGCUCGUUUAGCAAGGCGAGGAGUGCUGGUUCGUGGAAAAGCUGGAUAGAAGGCCUUUUUGUUUUGCUUCAUUUCCCCCGGGCCACGUACAAGGUACGACUUAGACCAUUUCAUGAUACCUCGACUGUAGUCGUACAAGUACCACGGGGCCCUCGGUGAGCCGUGACAUCGAUGGGAUGUGCCGGUCGCGGCCUUUACUUGGCACGUGUGGAGCGACGCAAAGUUGUCCGGGCACUCGCGAGAUUGGCGAGGACGGCAGCGUCGAUUGCUUCCGCAGCUGGUUGCCGGUGACGUGAAGCACGACGAUGGCCCCCCUCGGUGGAGGCGACGACAUGGGCGACGUUUGACGCACGUGCGCCGUCGUUUGCAUGCGCCUUGGUGGGCCAGGCCAGGUCAGUCCAGGCCAGUGCAAGAGCAACACGUUUGGGUUACACGGGCCGAGAAUCGAGAUGGAAGCACGGAGUACGAAUAACUUGGUCCGUACUUCUGCAGCAGCCCGGGCCUGGUCCCACGCACGGCGCGCGACGCGCAUAUGUACUCCCCUGAUUUUGCUUUGAUUGCGCGCCGUGCAGUCGAGAUGAAGGGAUGUGCACGUCAGCCUGCUUUUACCAUAUCGGCUCCCC